UAAAUAUAGAAAAUAGGAACUCUUCUUUUCUAUGUGAAUGUAUAACGGGAAGUGGUGGGAACCAACUUCCUUAUCUUUUUGCUCUUUUAAAGGCGUUUUCAACUUCAAACUGUAAUCUUUUGUGCUUAAAAGACCAUACUUUUUUCUUAACUCCAAAUCUAAGCAAAGGCUGCUUCCUUUCUAACCCCUUUUUCUUGGGUUUUGUACCUUUAAAAAAUGUGAUAUCAAGAGAAGCUUUCAGCUUUUGUUUGAUGCAGUUAAGAGGCUGCAUUCUUGAUGGAACUUGUCUUUAGCAAAUGGGUAUUUGUAUUUUCACUCUGUUGUUGGCUAAUCUUCUCUGUAGCAGUUGCAGUGGAGGGAGUGCAUGGAGGUUCUAAAGUGAGAGGGGUGAACUUAGGAGGGUGGUUGGUUAUAGAAGGUUGGAUCAAACCUUCUCUAUUUGAUGGCAUUCCCAAUGGAGACAUGCUUGAUGGAACACAGGUUCAAUUCAAGUCUGUGACGUUGCAGAAAUAUGUUUCUGCCGAGAGUGGAGGUGGGAUGGACAUUUCAGUUGAUAGAGAUGAUGCAUAUUCAUGGGAAACCUUUACGUUAUGGAGAGUUUCUGAAUUGGAAUUUCAGUUCCGCACCACACAAGGUCAAUUCCUUACAUGUUAUGGUAAUGGAUGCUCUGCAUCUGCAACAGCAAAAUCAGCUUCUUCAACUGAAACAUUUCAAAUUGAAAGAAAUAAUAACGGUAAAGUUCAUAUCAAAAUAAAGAGUGGAACCUAUCUGCAGGCCACCAUGGAUAAUCAGCUGACAGCAGAUUAUCCAGGAACCCCAGGAUGGGAUGAUAAUGCAGCCACAUUUGAAAUGACAAUUGUAGCUAAUAACUUGCAUGGAGAUUAUCAGCUUGCAAAUGGAUAUGGACAUAAUAAGGCAAAGCAGGUUCUUGAGAAGCACAGAAAUACUUUUCUCAACGUAGGGGAUUUUGAAUUUCUAUAUAGACAUGGAAUAAAUACUGUAAGGAUCCCUGUUGGUUGGUGGAUUGCUUACGAUCCUGAUCCUCCAGCCCCAUUCAUUGGAGGGACAUUAGAAGCUCUUGAUAAUGCAUUCUCAUGGGCAGAAGACUAUAGCAUAAAGUGCAUCAUUGACCUUCAUGCAGCACCUGGCUCCCAAAAUGGAAUGGAACAUAGUGCUAGUAGAGAUGGCACAACAGGCUGGCCUACAUCCUCUGAUUACAUUUUACAGACAUUGCAUGUUAUAGAUUUUCUAGCUUCCAGGUAUGCAAAACAUCCUGCCUUCCUGGGAAUCGAGCUAUUAAACGAACCCUCUGCUGCAGAAGUUCCAUUGGACAUGUUAGUUUCAUAUUACAAACAAGGCUAUGAAGUGGUGCGGAAAUACUCUCCAUCAGCGUAUGUGAUAAUUUGCCAAAGAAUUGGCAGUGCAGAUCCACUGGAACUUUAUCAAGCUGAUAUAGGCUCACACAACCUAGUUGUGGAUUUGCAUUACUACAAUCUCUUUGAUACUUUCUUUGUUAACUUGAGUGCUAUAGAUAAUAUCCAAUUCAUCUAUAAGAGCAGGGAAGCUCAGCUACAAGCUUUGAAUGGUGCCAAUGGUCCCCUCGUUUUUAUCGGUGAGUGGGUGAAUGAGUGGAAUGUUACAAGUGGAUCUCAAUCAGAGUAUCAAGACUUUGGAAGGGCACAGUUAGAGGUGUAUAAUGCAGCUUCCUUUGGGUGGGCUUAUUGGACACUCAAAAAUGAUAGAAAGCACUGGGAUUUUGAAUGGAACAUUAGGAACAAUUAUCUCCGAUUAAGUAGUUCAGAGAAGAAAGUUUUCAAUAGCCUAAGAUGGCUCUUACUCGCAUCGAUUUGCUUCUAUCAGUGUCAAAUAUUGGAGUUGGUUGAGAACUGGAUAUGAACCUGCUGAAGAUGAAAGAUCAAGUGCGGCUUUUUGUUUUCUGUCUUCCUUUUUCAGAAACCCUAUCUUAAGCUCUUUGCUACUUCAUUAGUCAUGUCAUUUCAUUCAUUUUGGGCAAAUGUGCAAGUCCAAUAAUAUUUUUAGAGUAGAAAAUAUCCAGAAGUCAUUACCUCUUGUUCAA